AGGCAUAUUUGUUAACAUAUAUGCUGCUUAUGCAUAAUUUGUCCCUCAAUAGUUUUCAAAAAAUGGAAUCUGCUAUUUGCCUACGCUAUUGCCCCAUUCCCUAUGGUCCCAAAGGAUUUCAUGGUGCAAAUCCUAGCAGAUUUCAUCUCAAGAUUAACCAUGCCACCCCUCUUUCUCUCCCUCAAAUUUCCACCACCAGAAGCCCUGUUACACGUUCAUUUGGGCAUGCAAAUUGCAUGCUUGAAAGAUUCUCAUCAGUACCCUCCGAGAAUGAGGGAAGUGGCAACAAAAUUUUGAGAGGAGUGACACUAUCUUCUCUGGUUCUGACAUGUGUUCUUGGAUUAUUUAGUUUUGGUGGCAAGAAUAUGUAUCCUAAACUCACCACAGCUUAUGCUUCACCAUAUGAUAAAAUUGCAUCUUUAUUUGUCCGUGAGACUGAGGCUCAAGGAAGUGUUGCUCUCAAGCCACGGUUGGAUGGGGCUCAAGGAAGUGUUGCUCUCAAGUCACUGUUGGAAAUACCGAGCGAUGCAGAACUCGCAGAUACUCAGAAGAAAAGGUCUUCCAACUUCGGUGAGCGUGGACCUAGCCAGCUAGAAGUUAACAACCUUAAGUGGCUGGCUAUCGGUCUAAGCAAAUCUCCGGAUAGAAGUAAAGCACUGAAAACACUGACAGAUCAAUACAAGUACUGCAAGGCGCACAAGAUCACUGGAGAGUCAGAACAGUACCUGGAACUGGCUAUGGUAGAACUUUCCAUGUUUAAGGGAAAAUUUGAGGAAGCCCUUGGUCUGCUUAACGACAUAAUUGGUGAAAAUGUGGAACCUAUGGUGCUAUCAGAACUUCACAAGACUGCCGUAGAGGAAGAAAAUCAUUAUGAGGAAUUGCGGCUAGCUCGACUUAUACUUUACAAGGCCAUUGUACACACCGUUUUGGAACAGAAGGAAAGGGAUCAAUGGUGGGAGGCAUUCAUGCAAACAUGUAGGCAAUGAUGGGCUUAUUAUUUCCAGCACAAUGUGUCUGGGUUUUCAAAUUAGGAUUCAUUUACUUUCCAACGGACAAAGUACCCAAAAAUAGUUUGUUUCAAUUGAAGAAUUUAUAAAAAUUAAUUUCGUGUAGGGCGUUUUUCUUUUGUAUAUUUUACAAUUAUUCAAAAUCUCAAAUAGUUUAUCUCCAAUUUUAUAUUUUUUUAUCUA